AUGGACUUCCAAUUCAACUCAGAAUGGCUUAAUCUUUAUCAAAGUCUGGUAUCAGCUCAGAACUCGUUCAAUCCCGAGCUUCCAUCACCGAGUAAUUGCCCUACUCUUGGUCUGCCCGACCUCACUCAACUCAGUCAAUACGAUCUCGCUCAGCUGAACAGCCCCGACCUUCAGCAGAUCAGUCCCGAUCUAAUACAACAUAAUUUUCAUGACCCGAAUCAAGUGGGAAGUUCGCAGAAUGUCGGUCUUGACUUCUCCAACUCGCUAGCGCAGAGUCAAUUGGACAUGAGCAACUUUGACUUGUCUAAUUUUGCCCUACCUUCCUCCUUCACCCUCCAGUCAGCCCCACCCACACCCCAGACCCCAUCCUUUCAAUUCCAGCCCUCCUUGUAUUCGCCGGCCCUCCAAACCACCUCGGUCGACGUGAUGGCACCAAAUCGGACAGGAACGACAUUCCAACUCAACCUUCCGCCGAUUGACUUUCGCGGAAAUGGAUCUAAUCCUUGGGUAAACCAUGUUGGUGUGUACAAGAUGCCGAAUACCACGACAACCCCAACAUUGCAGCCACCGGCGAAACUCACCGUGAUGAAAGGCGACAAAGAAGGCGUGAAAUUAUUGAUGGAUAGAAGUGAGUUGUAUUUUAUUUCUUUUUUGGAUUUUAGGGUUAGCCCGAACUGUCCCUCAAAAUUGAAAAAAUAGGGUGUUACAUGUUAUAGUGGGUUUUAAACUUACAAAUUACAUCCCCAUUCAUUUGAAAAACACUAGUUAUUGAUAGCCAAUUUCGGGGUUUUUCUGGGGGAGAGUUCGCCUGCAACGAGAUUUUAGGUACCAAAUUUAGGAGAAAAUAAAAAUUCCGAGCGAGAAGGCGAAAUUUUAUUGAAUUUGGCUUUAAUUAUUGUUUACUAAACCCAAUUAGCUCUGUUCGACAAAGUUUUCAUCAAAAAUUAUUUGGAUUUGCGAUUAAUUUACCUUAUUUUAGCUGUGAUCUUACAUCGGAAGUUGGACAACUGCAUAGCCAACUGGACGUUCGCGUACCACGACCGAUUCAUGCGUGAAUGGCUUCAGCGGAAUUUCUACAUAUAUGGCACAUCGAUAGUUUGCUCGAAGGUCGUUACAAACGAGGGCUAUGUGUUUGGGAUGUACGUGAUGGAUAAGGUCGAAACGGCAAAUAAUCUCAUGAAAUUGGCAGCAAGGUUUAGUGUAGUGGAUGGAAGUAAGUCUCCAAACGUUUUUGAUUUGUUUUUAGGGCGAUAGCGCUUCUCAAAUGCAGUGAUUUUCCAUAUUUUAUCAUGGAUAAUAUAAGUUUUAAUGUGUAUUCGUUUCAGAUCCAAAUUAUUCGAUAAAAGUGACGUCGUCGGAGAGCUUAGUUAUGGCGUUCUCAGCAGCCGUGAAAGUAGAGAGCAAAACAGGUCGAAAGAAGGCAAAGGAUGUGGAAGAGGCAGUUUCGGAUGUGUUUUCGCUAAUGGUAAGGGAUUUUAUUUUGUUUUUCUUCGUUUUUAGAUAGGAAUUGAUGCGGUAAAAGCUGGGGCAAAGGAUCUGAACUAUUUCAAGAGCAAAAGACUAUUGUACCUGAAUUCACCUUGGAAAAAGUUCCUUCUGCAUUUAUUACCUAAAAAUAGUGAAAUUGCCCCAGAAUUUCCGCUGCAUCGUUCAAAUGAAAAGCGACUAACGGCUGAAUACUUUUAGAUGAACCCGGUGAAGCCCGCAGUCCCACAAUAUGCUCAGCCACGGAACGUCUUCUUCCAAUAA